AAAGCUUUGCAGCGCUUAAACGGGCGUGCGCAGCCAUGGCGCCGCCGGUGGCAGGAGGAAGGUGCGGAGAGAGUGGCGCGAUGAAUGGAGGGAGGCGGCGGAGCAACGAGGGAGUAGAAGCGGCGCAGGGGGAGAAGGGAUGGGGAGUAGUAGUACCAGGAGGGAGGCCUAGGGAAUGCCGCGGGAAGUCGGCAGCAUCAGCCGCCGCAGCAGCGCCUUCAUUGCGACACUUGGCACCAUCAUCAGCACACCAUGCUUGUGUGCUGCGUGCUCUCUUCCUCUUCUCUCUGCUCCUGGCGCCGCCAUCACCGCCAUGCCUCCUCUCGCCCUCUUCCCUGGGAACGCUCCCCCGGCACUCGCUCACAGCCGCCGCCGCCGUCAUCAACGCCGCCCAGUAUCCCAUCGUGGAGGAGUUUCUGCUCACUGCUGGCCCGUUCCUUGAGUCGCCUACAUGGACCAGCACGUCUACCUGCAAUGGGUUUUCUCGGGAGACUAAUGGCCUCACAUGCGAUGGCAGCGGCUUCGUCAUAUAUAUGUUUAUCACAGGCUUGAGCCAAAGCAUCCCGUCGGCACUCUACAAGCUCACCACCCUCCAAAGCCUGUCAAUGAGUUGGUCAACAGAGACAGAGCAAGUGGUGUCUCCCUCCAUCAGCGACCUCGUCCAGCUCCACUAUCUGUCCUUCACAAAUGCUCGUCUGGGCUCCUCACUUCAAAGUGUUGUUCUCUCAUUGAACGGUCUCGUUAGUUUGAACUUGCGGUUAAUGCUUACUGGUUCCAUUCCUGCAGCUAUCGGCAAUAUGAAUCGGCUUGGCACCUUGGAUUUGUCUGACAACAUGCUGGAAGGCCCGCUGCCACCCUCCCUCUGCCUUCCUUCUCUCCAAUUCGUGACCUUGCGCAACAACUCCCUCAACGGGUCCAUCCCUGCUGCUAUCAGCCUCAUGACUGACUUGCGCAACCUUGGAUUGGACCAGAACAAGCUCUCAGGGUCCAUUCCCGCUGAAUUCAGUGUGAUGAAGAGCAUAUAUCGUCUAGAGUUGCACCACAACGAGCUGUCAGGAUCCAUUCCCUCUCAACUCACAGCAAUGGAAUCCUUGAAUCACCUGCUCUUGGGUUUCAAUCAGCUGACCGGCUCAAUUCCACCUCUCCCUCGACAGCUCCUCACGCUGGAUUUGAGGAGCAACCAGUUGGAAGGGAGCAUUCCAAAAUCGCUCACUUCCCUGAGAAACCUUUAUGACUUGAACCUGGAUGGCAACAGGGUGGAGGGACCUUUACCUACUGUGUUCGGGCCUUCGAUUGGCAGCAUUUCGUUGAGUGGCAACCUAUUCAGAGGCAGUAUUCCUCCCAACUUCUUCUAUGUCAACCAGGGACCAUCAGUUGGGUUGAGCAGUUCGCAACAUCCCCAAACCAGCAGCAGCAACGUCCUCCCAUUCCUCACAUACAUUGACCUAAGCUCCAACUACCUUGAUGGAACAAUACCCAAAGAGAUAUCACAGCUCAUGCGACUCUGUGUGCUGAACCUGAGCGCCAACUACCUCACUGGAACAUUCCCCAAGGAAGUCUUGGAGCUGAAGCAACUCAAUCUGCUUGACCUGAGCUCCAACUACUAUGAUGGAACAAUACCCGAGAAGAUAUAUAAGCUCACGAAUCUCCAAGUGCUUGACCUGAGCAACAAUGGCCUGAGUGGGAGUCUGCCACAGAGCUUGGCGGGCCUCACUCAACUCUCAGUCCUUGACCUUAGCUCCAACUUCCUGGAUGGAACCAUCCCCGAUACGAUCUCCGAGCUGACGCAACUCAGCGUGCUUGACUUGAGCAACAAUGGCCUCACUGGGAGUGUGCCACAGGGCUUGUCCAAUCUCAAACAACUUAGAGUCCUUGACCUUAGCUUCAACUCCCUUGAUGGAACAAUCCCCGAGGGGAUAUCUGAGCUCACACAACUCAGUGUGCUUGACAUGAGUAACAACCGCCUGAGCGGGAGUGUGCCACAGGCCUUGACCGGCCUCACUCAACUCACAGUCCUAAAACUGCGCAACAACCAGCUGGGCGGCUGUCUGCUGCAGCCCAUCCCACCAUCCAUCAAGCAGUACCAGCUAGACAGCAACUUCUUCUCCUGCGGCUUCUCCUCUCCACCCGACUGCACCCAGACCAUCAUAGCCGUGCAAGCCAACUGCCUCGGCGCCACCGAUGUCCCGCCCUGCCCCAUGGACCCCCAGCGCGUGCUCGAGGUCUGUGCUUCCUUCUGCGGCCUCUCCCCGUCCUCGCCUGCUUGCGCUGGGCAUGGUGUCUGCUUCUAUUCCGGGCCCAGCAGGAUCCCCACCUGCGCCUGCAACACCGGGUAUGCCAAUGGGGAGCUCUCAGGGACGUGCGUGGCAAUUGUUGCUGCUGGUGGGGCGCCUGUAGAAGACCUGUCCUUUCUGACCCCUCUGAGUGUUUCUUGCAACGAUGGUGGCGGCGCGGCGAUGGCGGUGAAGGGAGCAGCAGCGACGCAGCCGGAUAACAGCGUGGUGCUGACGAGCAACGAGCAGGCGGCGUGGGGAGCGGCGUUCCUGGUGUCGCGCGUGCGCCUCUUCUCCUACGCCGUCAAGAACCACUCGUGCGGCCGCGAGAUCGCCCUCAAGCUCUCCUUCUCCUUCUCCAUCGCCCCAGCCACCGACAGCAACGGCGUCGGGAAGGGCGGCCUCGCGUUUGUGAUCGUGGCAACGGAUGCCGUCCCUGGUGGGGACGGCAGCACGUUAGGUUACUCCGGCAUGGACGAGCGCAGUCUUGCAGUGGAGUUUGACACGUUUAAAGAUGCGAGCAGUGGAGACCCAGGCAACAGCCACGUGGGCAUCAACGUGGGUGGCUCCGUGGUCUCUAUUUCCACGGCUACUGUGCCAGGGCUCAACACAGGCAGCACCAAACACGCAUGGAUUGAAUACUCUCCAGGGAAGGGCGGGCUGCUGGCGGUGUAUGUGGGCAGUGCGGCCACUCGCCCGGCCAAGCCCGCUCUCACACGCCGCGUGUCGCUGUGUGAUGUGCUGAGGCCGACGUUUGAGGAGGCCACGUUUGUGGUUGGCUUCACUGCCGCCUCGUCUGACCCCCCUCAGAAACACACGGUGCUGCAGUGGUCGCUGGAUACAGCCCUGCCGCUGGGCUUCACACUAGCAGAGGCCACGUUCACCACCUCGGGAGUCAACCGCUACUUCCGCUACGCCAGUUCCGGCGCGCGGUUACCACCCGCACCAGCAGUACCUGCAGCAGCAGGCGCAGGGGCAGGUGCAGAGGAGGAGCAGCAGUGGGCGGUGGCGACGAACAUGACAUGGGUUCGCCCAGAUCUUCUGCCCAGCUGGCCGGUGCGCAACCAAGCGGGGUGCGGCAACUGCUGGGCGCAAGCUGUGGUGGCCAGCAUAGAAGCAGCCUAUGCUAUCCUCGCAGCCAACGGCUCACUGCCUGUCUUCUCCGUCGCCUCGCUCGUUGCCGACAUGAAGGCUGACUGCUCCGGAGGAUCGCCCUCCAAGGCAUUCCAGUACCUGCUUGCUGUUGCCAAGCGCGGCGGGGGGCUGCAGGCGGAACGGGUGCGAGCAGGGGGGGUUGUGGCGAGGCCUGGAGGGACGGGUGCGAUGGGUGUGGGUGUGGCAGAGGGAAGCAGUACGGUGGGGAGGCAGGGGAAACAGGGGUCACCAGCGGGGGCAGCAGCAGGUCAGAGUCAGAGUCUGCUGUGCUCGCCGCUGCUGAAGCCGAUAGCGGCGCUUCUGGGAGUGAAGUGCACAGCCAAGGAGAAAGCCGAGGCUGGCACGGUGCGCCCGGGCUACAGCAUAACGGGCUUUGAGCGGGCGGCAUUCUACAGCUGGUUCGGCCUGGUGCUGGCCGUGCAGCGGCAGCCCGUGGUGGUGCACAUAGAGGCGUCUGCUGACUCCUUCCUCAACUACGAUGGGCUGUCCAAGUACCAGGACCCAGCGUGCUUCACGUACAACCUGAACCACGUGGUGCUGCUGGUGGGGUACCGCCUGGUGGGGGCAGAUGAAGCCUUCCCCCACAUGGCGCCGCCCUUCUGGAUCAUCCGCAACUCAUGGGGGCCUGACUGGGGCGAUGGGGGCCACAUGCGCAUGGACAUCCAGGGGGGGGAUGGCGUGUGCGGCAUCAACACGCUGCCGGGGAUCUACCCGAUUGUCAUUGACAAGCAGGACCCGUGCAACAGCGGGGCGCACCGGGAUCCAAUCGGUGCGGUGUUGAACCCGUGUGGCAACUUCACGUGCACGGUCACAGCUGACCGCAGGUCCAACCGCUGCGACUGCAACACCGCAUCUGACGGUCGAUUCAUUGAGGCCAUCAACACCGAUGGCUCGCGCACCUGUGCCUAUGUGGACGCCUGUGCAGCGCAAAUCCGCAACCCGUGUGCGGUGGGCACGUGUGUGAACGACGGGGCGGGGUCGUACUCGUGUGUGUGUCCACCGGGCUUCAGGCAGGGCACCACCGUCGAUGGCACCUUCUCCUGUGCGCCCGGCAGCACCAACGGCACCUACACCGUUGUCUCACCCAAUGUCAAGUGCUCAGACGUCUUUCCCAUCUACGGCCUCUCCCAGCAGCAAUUGAUGCAGCAAAACCCGGCCAUCUCAUGUGACUCUGCUCUACCAAUCAACUCGGUGCUCCAAGUCGCCCCACCCACCACCAUCACCCCCUGCUCUGUCUACUACACCACUGAACCGCAAAGUCCUAUCUGCUCUUUGUGCGUCACUCUCCCCCUGCCCACCCCCUGCCCCCUGGCUGGCCCCCAUCUGCCCCCUGCCUGCCUCUUGCUGUCCCCUCCCUGUCCCCUCCCUGCCCUCUCCCCUGCUCCCUCCCUGCCCACUCCCUGCCCCCUGCCCUCCUGCCUCUCGUCCCAGGGCGACACCUGUGAGGCCCUGGCGACCUACUUCGCUCUGGCCAGCACCUGUCCGUCCCCCGAGUGCACGGCAGCCUUGCAGGCGCUCAACCCGGGGGUGGACUGCAGCGCCAACAGCGGGCAGCUGCCGGCGAACCAGGCGGUGUGUGUGGAGCGGCGGGCGGAGAUGGCGGGGGUGGUGGCGCUGUGCUCGCAGUAUUACUUCGUGGAGAGCGCCGAGACGUGCGAGUCCAUCCGCAACGUGCCCGACCCGCCUCUCUCCCGCGUCGACUUCUACCGUCUCAACCCCGGCAUCAAGUGCAGCCGCCUCGUGCCCAAGACGGACGUUGGCAGCUUCACCGGCUUCGAGGUGAGCCUGGGGUGA